AUGUCCCAUCUCAGCAUCUGCCGGGUGGAACAUCUCACUUCAGCCAUGGCCCAGCGGAAUUCCGUAAGAUCCCGCGGGGCCCUGAUGUCGUUUGGCAGAGAGUUCCACCAGGGCGGGGCCGGGCGUGAAAAGGCCCCGGCCCUGGUUGAGAAUGAAGUCGUCAACACGCUUCUCCGGACUCCAGCAGCCAUGGGUUCUGUAAGAGGAGACCACUUCAAGGACAUCAGCCCUGUGAUAACGCCCGAGGGGAACGUCGUGAUGAGCUUCAGUUUCGACAGCUACCAGCUGGAAGAAGAGGAGCUCCAGGCCAAAGGGUGCCAGGCCAAAGGAGUCCUCACCUUCAUGGAGCCAGCAUUCGAAGAGGCUCUUCCACUGAACCACAGCCCCUAUCAAGCUAUGCUGCCAUGGGGGUUGGGGACAAUGCCGUCUCAUAAUACUUUCCACUCUGUGUCCAUCCUCAUUUUCCUCCUGUGUUCUUCCGCAGGGACUUCCAUCGUGUUUGACAUGAGCCUCACCUACAUCCUGGUGGCUCUGGUGGCCGUCAUCCUCAACAACGCCCUGGUGGAGAUGCUGAGUCUACACACCAGGAUCUCCGUAGGGUAUCUGUUUGCGUUGGGGCCCCUUCUCUUCGUUAGCCUCUGUGACGUCUGGCUGGAACUUUUCACCCGGCAGCACGCCUACGCCAUCAACCUCAUCGCGGUGGGCGUGGUGGCCUUCGGCUGCACAGUGCAGCAAUCCAGUUUCUACGGCUACACCGGGAUGCUGCCCAAGCGCUACACCCAGGGGGUCAUGACCGGGGAAAGCACCGCCGGCGUGAUCAUCUCCCUCAGCCGCAUCUUCACCAAGCUCCUUCUGUCCAACGAGAAGGAGAACACCAUCAUCUUCUUCUUCAUCUCCAUCAGCCUCGAGCUGACCUGCUUCGCCCUCCACCUCCUGGUGAAACAGACGCAGUUUGUGAAGUAUUACACGGCCCGGCCGCGGGACGGGGGCCCCGGGUUCAAGGGGGCCGCGCUGGACCACGGCACCGGGUACAGGGUUCACCACGACGUCACGGCGGAAGACGUCCGAUUCGAAAACCGGCCCCGUGGGCAAGAGGGCUCCCCUCCGGACACCUUCGGGCAAGAAGGAGAACUGGCCGGCAGCGGCACCUACAUGAGGUUUGACGUCCCACGCCCCAAAGUGAAAAGGAGUUGGCCCAGCUUCAGAGAUAUGAUGCUGCACCGCUACAUCGUCGCCAGGGUGAUCUGGGCCUACAUGCUGUCUAUAGCGAUGACCUACUUCAUCACGCUGUGCCUCUUUCCUGGACUGGAGUCCGAAAUCCGGAACUGCACCCUGGGGGAGUGGCUCCCUAUUCUGAUCAUGGCCAUCUUCAACCUCUCGGACUUUGUGGGCAAGAUCCUGGCUGCCUUGCCUUACGACUGGAGGGGGACACACCUUCUCGUCUAUUCCUGUCUGCGAGUCGUCUUCAUCCCGCUGUUCAUCAUGUGUGUGUACCCCAAUGGGAAGCCCACCUUUGGCCACCCGGCCUGGCCUUGCAUUUUCUCCCUCCUCAUGGGGAUCACCAAUGGCUACUUUGGCAGCGUCCCCAUGAUCCUCGCUGCUGGCAAAGUGAGCCCGGAGCAGCGAGAACUGGCAGGUAACACCAUGACGGUCUCCUACAUGACGGGGUUGACUCUGGGCUCCGCCGUGGCCUACUUUGCUUACAGCCUCACCAGCACGUCUCACAGCUCCUGCUUCCACUCAGAAACCUACAACGGAUCGGUCUCGGCAGGGUACUGA